AUGCUGCCACUUGUUUUAAGAGGAAGUCAACGAGGUCUCCUCAUUUGGGACUCUGCAAGCAUUCAUCGUGCAAAGGAUAUGAAAAACUUCUUGGCAGAAAGAAGGGUUGAUCAGGUUAUGAUCCCAGCAGGGAUGACUGCUUACCUCCAGACCUUGGACAUUGCAAUAAACAAGCCUUUCAAGGAUUACCUCAGACUUGAAAUCAAUGAUUAUAUUGAGAAUAGGAUGUCAAGGAACAAAAAUAACAACUUCGUGAAGCCUAAUCUGCAGGAGGCAGUCUCUUGGGUAAGGAAUGCAUGGGGCAAAAUCACUGAUAGCUGUGUUGCAAAGGCUCUGAAAGCAGGGUACUUGGACAAAACAUCGCCAUUUGAAGCGAGCUACAUCGCAAAACACGAUAGAUUGGGACCUAUGAUACUGAAGGAGCUGGAGUCAAAUGAAAUCUUGGCUGGAAUUCAAGGUCUUGAUCUGGAAGAAAAUGAUGAUAUCCCAGAAGAUGAUGAUCUUAUUGUAUUUGGGAAAAAUAAAUGA